AUGGCUGCUACGACGACGUCUAGCACGACUGCGAUCGAGGCCAAGUCGCUGUCUACGUUGACAACACUUGCUGCAAAUCCUCCCCUCAGACCACAGAGGGUGGAUUUAGAGCCACUCGUACUAUACAUAGCUCGAGUUCCUGGGAGCAAAGAUGUAUUCUUGUCGCCCAUCAAGCCGCGCCAGAAAGUAGUCACCGCUGAGGACGUGGAGAGCUGCUUGUACUAUCUCCACGUGAGCUGUGCUGAAGAUGAGUUACUCCGGAAGCCCAUGGCCGAAGAGAUACUACACAACGAAAAACAAACUCCCGACCCCCCCUCGCUUCCACAAUUCAGCUUUCAAAAUGGGAUCUCCAACGGUCCUCCUUCAGAUCGAAAUCAGAAUCAUCACCAUCCCUUACCUCCAAUACCAUCAAUGCCUCCGUAUCCGUUGGAUGAUGGGCCUCCAAUAUUCGACGCCAAUGUCCCAGCUCAAACUCAAUCUUCCACGAACUUGCCGCGAAAGCCCGUAUCUUCCUCGCAGCAGAGGAAGCCCUUAGAAAGCUUAGCGGCUACAUCUGAUCAAGGCGAUCUCGCUUCUUUGUCUCAAAGGCCGUAUUUUGUACAGCGACCGACAAAAAGCACGACAGCAUCCCAGCCGGAUCUUGUCCCCGAAAUCACGGUUAUUCGCCGCGAUCCUGCAUCCGGAGAACAAUGGAAUGUAGCUAUCAUCAGCGACCCACCUGCGUAUGAGAUCAUCUCUGACGGUAAGUCGGCCGGCAUGACAGCUUCGCGAGUCCGCAAGUCUGGUCAACCGCUUUACUUGAGCAUCACAAACCCUGCGUAUGCGAAGUUCGGCGCAAACAACAAAGCGUCUUCGAACAUUGCUUCAACUGAACGCAGCAGUCCUUCUCUUAUGCUCUCGGAUGAAUUAACUGAGACGAUUUCAAGCUCGGAGCAGCCUUUCCAUCGAACAAUGUGGCUUGAAGGUUCUCUGUUCGAGAAGAGAGCAGCAAGCCACCAGAAGUCCAAAUCAGCAGAUCAACCAUUGUCUCGUCCAACCUUCGAAAUUAGACACAGCGGUGAUUGUUCUUCCGUCCCAUUAAGAAGCCCAUACCAGAGUCCAGAGUCGCCGUUUCACCUUGAUACCACGGACAUUCGCCGUCUUUCGCUUGCCAGUGACAGCAGGCGCUCGAAUACGCGAGGUUACACCUUCCUGAGUCCCUGGGAUGGACGAUGCGAGUUCAUCACCAGCACCAUGGGCAACUCCCUGAAGUGUCGACAUCUUUGGAGAAAGAACAGUCUCAAUCCAACGUCCAACGCGCCAUCUCAAGUCAGCGAGUUACGUUUCAACCUGCCUGGAGGUGGACCACUGGCCUCAGAGCCCCGUCGACGAUCACCAACUAAAUCUUUACCCAGUGGUGAGAAAGUCUCGCGACGCUCUCGGCUAUUGGCCAAAUUCAGUGACAAGAGCUCCUCAACUUCAUGUGACACUAGGCUGCACGGCGAAGAUAUGGUCGCAUCGGAAGACCCAACAGAGGACGCUAAGCUAGACUUGUCGCUCGGCCAGGAGCUUGCCGGCGGCGGAUUCGCUGGGAAACAGGCUAAACUUGGGAAACUGAUUGUGGAGGGAGAGGGGCUUCUGAUGUUGGAUUUGAUCGUUACGGCGAAUAUGGGUCUGUGGUUCAGAGCCUACGAGAAAUUUCAAAACCAGAAGAGUACAAAGUCGGAGAAGAGCAAAGAACAUCGUGUAGAUUUCUGA